AUGUCUUAUAAUCCAUACGGGCCUCCUCCUGGCUAUGGCCCACCACCCUCCUACGGCGGUUUCCCAGGCGCGGGGCCUCCUGCCGGAAUGGUGCCGCCUCCCGGACUAGGACCUCCCCCAGGCAUGUCUUCCGCUCCAGGCAUGGCACCGCCUGGCAUGCAUCAACCUAGCGCGACGCAAGCUAAUCGUCCAAGUGGUCUACCUGCCAACUUCCAAGCCCCCGAACCUUCCCAACAUAAACUUCAACGCCAAGGUAAUCCGCCUCGGAACGUCGACCCCGAAACCGAAUACGCCUACUGGGUCUGGGAGGAGGGCGGGGACCACGGGCGAUCAUCGAUGAGGGAAUCGACGCAGUCUUUUAUCCCCUUCUCGCAUGAAGAGAGGCUACGGACCAUUUUCGUACACAAGAUUCCAGGCAACCUGGCGGGCGACAUUGAAAAGGUCUUGAACGCUGUUGGAAAGGUUCGUCGGUGGGAUUCGGCGGCGUCCGUGCUGCUAGAGAGCACGGGAACCAAAUUUGGCUUCGCUCUGUAUGACGAUGCCGAGUCAUUCGCAAAUGCCGUGGAACUCCUAAAAGAUAUCGAAGUACCUGCAAAGCCCCAACCGCCAAGGGAGCCUGAGGACGAACCCAAGGACGACUUCGAGGGUAUCGACAAAGCUAGGCUUCAAAUUUCCGUCGACGAGAAUUCCGUCAAGUACGUUGAGUCCUACAGGGAAAGCCGCGCAGGGAAUGCGGAUGCCACAUCAAGAACCGAAUCUGCAAAGGCCGAGCUCCAAAGGGUCAUCAAAGACUUGUUCUACCCGCCUCCAGCUAAGAAGAUUGAUAGAGACGGUGAUACCUCCAUGCAAGACUCUAACAGAGAAAAUGUCGAGGUCGUCAACAUCCCCCUCACUCAAGAAGACGAGCUUGCAGAUAUUCCCGCUGAGAUGCGCGAGAUUGUGGCUGGCGAGAUUGCUGCCUUCCGAGAGCGGAGCAAUAAGAGAGAUCUGGAACGUAUGAAGAAGGAAGAGGAAAUGGAAGAGAUGGAGCGCACGCGGUCGAAUCGUGUGCGCUCGCCCCGGCCGUCUUCGCCAGGGGGCACAAACAACAUCCCUCUCGGACCUCGGGGUCUCCAGAACGUGCCUUCAGGACCAAAGGGUCAGAAUGGCUAUAGCCGAGGAGUCACCUUUGUUAAUGGAGAGGGCUCGUAUGAAGGGGAUGACACUGAUGCCAGCGACGAAGAAAUUCAAAGGCGACAAUCCUCCAAGCAAAAGAGGGAAGACGAUCAGGUGUACUCGGAGGCGGAGCGAAAAUGGGUCAAUCGAGAGAAGUCGCGUGCGGCCGCCCUCAGUCGUGAAAAGGACCGUGAGAAGCAAGAGGCCGAAUCCCUAGAGAGAAGGCGGCAGGAGCAGCUUGAACGAGAAAAGGCGUGGGACGACGAAAGGAGAUGGCGCGAAAGGGCCACCUCUACUAUCGAGAUCACGCAGCAAGAUGACGAGACGCGUAGAGAGACGGCCGAGUUGGAGAGGACACGCGGCUUGGCCGACUCGUUCCUUGAUCGACAGGCCAAGGAGAUGGAGCAGCGCGAAGCAGCCUCCGCGCCCCAGCCCUUCAAACUGUCGCUCGGUGCGGCAGCACAGAGAGCCCAGGCACAGCGAGCAGUACCUCAGAGGCGUACCAUUGCCGAAGUGGAAGGUCUGCUGGACGACGAGGAGCAAGAUCAAACCACCAAGAGACAACUUAUCCCUAUCCAGUUCGAGCCCUCUACCACAAGCAGUAUGACGGAGGAGGAACUGUCCAAGGCUAUGCGCGCUCUCGCCCAGGAAAUUCCCUCCGAAAAGGAAGGAUUAUGGGCUUGGGAUGUCCAGUGGGACCAUUUGGACGACGCCAUCAUGCGAGAAAAGCUACGUCCGUUUGUUGAGAAGAAGAUUGUGGAGUACUUGGGUGUACAGGAAGAGGUCAUUGUCGAAGUUAUCGAAGAGCACCUCCGGAACCACGGCAAACCCGACGACUUGGUGGAGGAGCUUGCAGGGGCACUGGACGACGAAGCCGAGGACCUCGUCAAAAGCUUUGGAGGAUGGUCAUCUUCUUCACCGAGAGCGAGAAGCGAGGUCUUCCCGCAUAAACACUCUUUGGACAUCUGGGUCCGAACCACGACGAGGAGAUGGAUGCGCUUCUAA